GCCUAGAAGAAAUCCAAACCCUAACCCCUUAGCACCAGAAGGCCGCGCCGCCACCCUCCCCUCGCAGCCAUGGCUGUCGGGAAGAACAAGAGGAUCUCCAAAGGUCGGAAAGGCAGCAAGAAGAAGGCCGUUGAUCCCUUCACCAAGAAGGACUGGUACUCUAUCAAGGCGCCGACCUUGUUCAACACCCGCAACAUCGGCAUGACCCUCGUCUCCAGGACCCAGGGUACCAAGAUUGCAUCUGAGGGUCUCAAGCACAGAGUUUUUGAGGUUUCCUUGGCAGACCUCCAAGGUGACGAGGACCAGGCUUUCAGGAAGAUCAGACUUCGUGCAGAGGAUGUGCAAGGAAAGAAUGUGCUCACAAACUUUUGGGGGAUGGAUUUCACCACCGACAAGCUUAGGUCACUUGUAAAGAAGUGGCAGACACUGAUUGAGGCCCAUGUUGAUGUUAAGACCACUGACAAUUACAUGCUCCGGCUGUUCUGCAUUGGCUUCACCAAGAGACGUCCCAACCAGGUGAAGCGUACUUGCUAUGCUCAGGCCAGCCAGAUCAGACAGAUUCGCCGGAAGAUGGUUGAGAUUAUGGCCAACCAUGCUUCAACCUGCGACUUGAAGGAGCUGGUUGCAAAAUUCAUUCCUGAGGUCAUUGGAAAGGAUAUUGAGAAGGCAACAGCAGGUAUAUUCCCUCUCCAGAAUGUCUAUGUCCGCAAGGUCAAGAUCCUGAAGGCACCGAAGUUCGAUAUUGGGAAGUUGAUGGAGGUACAUGGUGACUACAACAAGGAGGAUGUCGGUGUGAAGGUCGAUAGGCCGGCUGAGGGAGAUGAGGCGAUGGCAACAGAGGAGGUUGCAGCAGCUGCUGAGUAGAGUUUGUGUAGUUUCUUGAUUCAGAAGAUGUGUCCUGUUCCAAUACUUGAUUCAGAUUUGAUACCUGCUUUUUGAUCAUCUAUCUGUUGGAGUUUGUUUCUGAGUAACUAAUCAAGGAACUUGUUGGCGACUCUGGUUUCAUGACUUCCUGUUUGAAUGUUUGAA